AUGCAUAGUACUACUCCCUCCUUACCGGGGGGUAUCUCUCUCGUCACAGCCCCAAACAACACCCCUUCCAUCAACUGGGAACCAUCCUCACGCCCCAAUCAACCUCUACCCCGAACAGAAGAUAACCCCAAAGACAAAGAACCCGGCGGCAUCUGGUCCUCAGGCUGCAGCACGGCGCCAUCCCUCGCAGAGCCAGUUGAAACAACACUCCGCUCAACACUAUCCCGGCACUUCCGCGCCAAUAUUGACACAACUCACACCGACAUCGUCCUCAUAAUCUGCAGCUUCGUCAGCGGCCUCGUCGACGGACUCUCCUUCAAUGCCUGGGGUAGUUUCGCCAGCAUGCAAACAGGAAACAGCGUCUUCAUUGCCCUCGGCGCAUCCGGCCAACCGGCAUACCCCUCCUACCUCUGGGCCAAAUCCCUCAUCGCCCUAACAGUCUUCAUAACCAGCAACAUCCUCUUCAUCCACGUCUCCCGCCUCCUCACCCCCCGUCGCCGUUCAACCCUCAUCCUCUCCUUCGGCGUCCAAACCGCCGCCCUCCUUGUCGCCGCAAUCUUAGUCCAACUGGGCAUCAUCGACCCCAAACCCGAAGAUCCCCGCGCCCCCAUCGAGUGGAUGCAAAUCCUCCCCAUCUCCCUCCUCUCCUUCCAAGCCGGCGGGCAAAUCGUCGCGUCCCGCGUCCUGGGUAUAGAUGAAAUCCCCACCGUCGUGUUGACUACGCUAUUGUGUGAUUUGCUGGUUGAUCCUAGGCUGACGGCGAGGGUUAAUACCAAGCGGAAUAGACGGGUGGGCGCGUUCUUGGCAUUGUUUUUGGGGGCCAUGACCGCCGGGGGUUUGUCGAGGGUUACCAUUAUGGCGGCGAGUUUGUGGUUGGCUAUGGGGUUGAAGUUUUCGGUUACGGUUGCGUGGGUUGUUUGGAGGGCGGAGGGGGCGAGGAAGGGGGAUGUUGAGGGGUGA